AAACAUUUGGAUAUAGCGUGAACUGGGUCCGUGGUGAACCCGUUACACGCUCUCCUUUGGAGCUCGCGAAUUCCAGAAUUGAUUUUCUGUCCUCCGUCGCGCCAUGAGUUUCUGCUGGUUAAACCCUUCUGCUACAAUUGUCUCUUGGGUUUAAGAGCCUGGAAGUUCAUGGUAUGGCAGCCCACUCUCUCUGUGCAACUCAAAUCCCUUCUUCCCAGCUGCUUUCUCCCCACAGAGUCUCUCUCCUUUCCCAAAUCAGAAUUUCCAAACCGAACUCCCUCAAUAUCCCUAUUUUCAUCUCCCGCUUUCCUCCUUGUCUUCUUCUCCGUAAGCCCAUUUCCACCAAUGUCAAAGCCUUCGCGUCAAAUCCCAGAAACCCAAGUGGAUCUUCCUUUCUGAAGGAAUGUACGAGAAGUAUUGGAUUUUUUGCAGUGGGGUUGCUUAUUUCUAUGGGCAGUUUCAAUAAUCCUGCACUGGCUGAUGUGAAGGGCAGUGGUACUCCUCCAUCGCUGGAGGAAAAGUUGGGUGCCCAAGGUGAAAAGGCUGUUGACGCUGAUGCUUCUCCAUCUUUGGAGGGAAAAGUGGAAACACAAGAUGAAAAAGUUGAUGAAGACUUGUAUAUGAGGUUGUUGGAGAGGAACCCAAGAGACGUGGAGGCACUUAAGGUGGUUUUGUAUGGAAGGAUGAGAGCUGGGAAGACGAAGGAGGCAAUCAAGUAUGUGGAGAGGCUGAUAGAGGUCCAGCCCGAUGAAGUCGAGUGGAAGCUGAUACAGGCGCUAUCUUACGAGUUGUUAGGUCAGCUGAGCAAGGCGAAGAGGUUAUUUAAGAAGAUAUUGGAGGAAAGGCCUCUUAAUCUCAGAGCAUUACAUGGGCUUGCACUGGUGAUGCACAAGCGCAAUGAAGGUCCAGCUGCUUUUGAAAUGCUUAAUGAUGCCCUGGAUCUUGCUCAGCAAGAAGCCAGGGUAACUGAGGAGCGCAACAUUAAAAUAUUGAUUGCACAAAUGCAUGUGGUAAAGGGUGAACUUGAAGAAGGACUAAGAGAAUUUGAAGAUUUGGUUAAAGAGGAUCCUCGAGAUUUCCGGCCAUAUCUAUGUCAGGGGAUAAUCUACAGCUUGUUAGAUAUGAAAGAGCAGGCAGAAGAACAAUUCAACAAUUACCAAAGUCUUGUUCCUCAUGAAUUUCCUCAAAGAGGUUUCCUUGAUGAAGUGAUGGUAUCAGCGAAAACGGAAUCAAGAGAGCACCUUGAGAAGGAAUUUGCUGCACAAUACACAUCAAAAAAGUAAAGCUGGAAGUUUGGAGGUUUAUAAUUUCAUUCAAAUGAGUGCGUUUUUAGCCCAGCUGCCCAGGUUUUUAUACAGUGUUACCCAUUUAUAAAAAAUGCUGUUGUGUCCUCCUGUAAUAUCCUCUUCAGCUCGGUGUUUUGACAAGAAAUAAGAACUUUCGGACGUGAUGUGUAUGCUCGUCUGCUGAUCUUGAGAAUCUACUGUAACGUAUGCAACAUGCUGGGAAUGUUAUGCGGAAGCUCGUGCACUUGCUUGUGUGUGAAUCAGAAUGUAUUGCUUUUAGAAUUUCUUCCCUGCUUAAAGAAGAUUUGUCAUGGAUAUUUACCA